AUGAAUAAACGUGGAAUAAAGUUAGAAAUAUGUAGACAAAAUGAAUAUUCGUUUCUUUUACUUUUGCAAGGUCAAAUAUGGAGGCGGACUUUUGGAGAAGAACAUGUUGAAACGAAACCAGUGAUCAGCUGCGACCGUUCUCAUAAAGAAUAUGAUCUGUGCUCUAUCAACGGCGCAACCGUGGUGAACCCCGUCACCUCCACGUUCUUUCUCAUGGGCCCCACCGUAUAUGGUUCAGGUUCCAUUGUAGAGAAAAUCAAGCCGUUUCCAAGGAAAUGGGAGAGUUUUCCAAUGAAAAGAAUCAAAGAGGUAAGCAUCACUUCAGCCCCAUCAGCCACAAAAUGUGAGGUCCGACAUAACUCCCCGGCCAUCGUAUUCGCUGCGGGAGGGUACACGGGAAACGUUUUCCAUGAUUUCAAUGAUGGGUUCAUCCCACUCUUCAUCACCAUCCGUUCCCUCUAUAAAAACCAAGACGUCAUCCUUGUGGUCUCCAAGGCUCGUGAUUGGUGGAUAAACAGGUACAAGAAUUUGCUCCGUGUACUCACCUCACACCCGAUAGUAAACCUCGACAAUGAUACUUCCACUCACUGUUUCCCUUCCGCCACUCUAGGCCUCAUAUCAUAUGGUUUUAUGACACUAAUGCCAAACCCCUCACAAACAUUGCUUCAAUUCCGUGCCCUCCUAGACAAGGCAUUUAGUCACCACGUAUACUCCACCUUAAACCUUCCUCCAAAACACGACUCUCGACCUCGGCUCGUGUUUUUAAGCCGACCAAGAGGCAUCGGACGUGAAAUUUUGAAUCAAGGCGAAGUAAUCCAGAUAACAAAAGAGAUUGGAUUUGACGUUGUUUUGUUUCAACCGACGGGUAUGACUUCCUUACAACAAAUUUUCGUAUUAUUAAAUUCAAGUCAUGCGAUGAUUGGUAUUCACGGAGCGGCGUUGAUGCACUCAUUGUUUCUCCGGCCGGGGUCGGUGUUCAUGCAAGUGAUGCCGUUAGGGACUAAUUGGGUGGGGAAGAUGUGCUAUGGUGAACCGGCUAGGGCAAUGGGGAUAGAUUACAUUGAAUAUAAGAUAAAUGUAGAAGAGAGUAGCUUGGUGGAGAAGUAUGACAAGGAUGACAUUGUGAUUAAAGAUCCAGGUAGUUUUCAAAGGGGAAAUUGGUCGUCCGAUGUUAUGAGUAUAUAUUUGAAGGAGCAAAACGUUAAACUCGAUUUGGUUAGGUUUAGGGAAUAUUUAAAUGAAAUUUAUAGAAAAGCAAAGGUAUUUAUGGACAAAAUGGGAUAGUGCUAAACUAUUAUAUCCUGAUAUUUAUUUUAAUAAUUAGAAA